AAAAUGGCGGUAAUGUGGUAAAACAACUUUACAAGAAGACUUCUUCACUGAAAAUUAGAGUAAUAUUCAUCACCUUUGUUCUCUCUAAAAUGACAUCCACACCAAACAAGAGGCCAAAAUUAAACAGUGAGAGUCCUAGCCUAGAGAGUUCAAGACCUGACUCUCAAAGUAGAGAAUCGACAGAGAGUGCAGCAUCCGUAGUAUCUUCCUUAGGCCAGUCAUCCUCUACUUAUCACUGGGUAUUAGCAACAGGCCCAUCAAAUUUGUUACCAGAGAAUGUGAGUCACUGGGGAAAGAAAAAUAUAGAGGAUCUCAAUAUUAGAAUUGCUUUUGAGCCUGAGACCACCCCAUAUGAUUUAUUGACAGAAAGAUCUUGGAAUGGAAGGAGAAAGGGAAUGGGUUUUCCUGUGAACUUCAGUGUUUUUGAUGCUGAAGAAAAACAAAAUCGAGAUGCUGAGGAAAACUUCAAAAUAAAGAAGCUGAUGGAAUUUGUGAAAAGCAGUGGGUUUUUGAAAAUAAUUGAAGAAUUAAAUUAUUCCUCAUUUGAAGAAUUCAACAUAACCACACUGAUGAAACUUAAGUCUUUUAGCAAACAGUCAUAUAUUCCUAAAUAUUUACCUGGAGAAUUUGAUGCAUGGUUUCGAAGAUUUGAUGUUGAGGUGAAAAAUUUCAUUAAGAUUUUAUCAAGAGUGGUUGAAAAUGUGAUAGAAGGAGUGCUGAAUCUCAAGUAUCUGUUCCAACAUCUAUUUGAUGCCUUUGUGAAGAUAUUUGGAAUGCACAGUGGAAUAAGUUUUGAACCCAAUGUACAUGUCCAAACACUGGAAAUUGGAGAAGCAGAAGUGAAGGGUUCCCCAGAUAUAAUUUAUUAUCAUCACAGAAUCAGAGAGGGGGAAGACACCAGACUGGAGAAGUAUGUGGUUGCUGUGUGUGAGGUGAAGAAAGAUAAACCUUUGCCAGCUGAAAAGAGCUCAUCACCACCAAGUAAUAAAACAAGAUAUAAACCUGAUUCAGCUGAAAAUAGCUCAUCACCACCAAGUAAUAAAACAAGAUAUAAACCUGAUUCAGCUGAGGUGUCCUCCUCCUCCACCCAAGACAGAGACUCUCAUAAAGACAUCUUACAGAUUACAGAAAAAUUGAUUGGGCAGCACUGUGGAGAGCUCUUGUUUAACUUUGGGGAGUCAAUACAUUGCAAUUCAGUGUUUGGAAUUGUUGUCCAACAAACAUAUGUUACAAUUGCAGAACUUGGAAUGACAGAUAUUCAGCAUCUUAAAUUAAAGGAAGGCAGAUUCAAGCAAACUGAUGAAGAUAGGCCUUCUUUCAUAUUUACCAAGCCUUACAACUUUCUAAAAGUAGAAGAUUUGGAGAAGUUACUAGAGCCUUUCAUCAAAUUUGGACUUGAACAGGGGGAAUAAGUUAUGAUUAUGAAAUGUGUUAUUCACUUAUUCAAUAGAUUGUAGAGCAGCCUGUGUUGGUUUAUUCCCCGAACGUCUACUGGCUAAAACAACUAUUUAAUUAUCACACUCAAUUAAGAGGCCCUCUAAGGGGUCCAGGUAGAGUUUACCUGUGUUACCUUGAUUGAACAAAGUAGUCAAAAUCAAAUAAUUUAAUAUUUACUGAUAAAACUGUGUACUAAAGCAUAGAUUUAUUGAUUAAAUACUUGCUAUAAUUGAAGACACUAAACAAUUAAAUAUUUUUUCAUGUACAUGUAAUAAACAAUUUAUUAUAAAUUAUUUUCAAUUAAGCAUAACUUUUUUUAACCUAACACUUGGCACUUAAUUGAAGCAUCACUGAAACCACAUUUUAACAUUUUAAGCUUUGUUUAAUCUAUAUUAAACAUGGAGAACUUUUUUCACAUCGCAUUUACAGGUCCAUAGAACGAAAAGGGGGGAGGGGGCAUUUUUCUACAAACAGAAAAAGUCCACCCCUCCCCACACACGAACACACAAAAUAGGAUUUUCAAGGUUUUUUUUUUUAAUUAUUUAAAUUUUACUUGUUAGAUUUCUCUGGGGGGUUGCCCCUUCUCCCAGUUUAAA